UGUGAAAAAUUGGAUUUUGGUAAUUGACAACUUUUUUAUAUAAUAUUUAUGUAUCUUAUAAACCGCUUAUAGACCAGGAAUCUAACAUCUAUGGCUGAGAAGAUUCGAAACAAAAGCCCAGCCUAAUCUCUCGCGUCGAGCAGAUCCGGCAAGUAGACUAGAAGCCUUCCACAGGAUCGGAAAGGUCGGUCAAUCAAGAUCAAAGAUGACUGCCUAGUGGCGACGAGCCCACUAGGCGGAGAGGGCGACAUAAAGGGGAAACAGCCCUCCUGAAACGAAGCUUAAAGCAUCUUGCUUUCAACAAUGGCCUCAAACUGGUCCGAGCUUCAAAUGGAACUCUUGGACUUAAUCAUCAAAAGGCUUGAUGCUAUUGUUGACAUCAUUCGUUUCAAAGCAGUUUGUUCCAAGUGGUACAGAGCAGCACAAUUGUAUAUGACUUCUCCAUUACUCAUGCUUCCUAGUGAUAAAAAAGAAGAAGCUGAUGAUUGCCGCUUCUUCAGUGUUGCUGAGAAUAAGAUUUACAAGAUCAACAACGUGUUUGACGGGUUUCAUGGUGCUUGGUGCGUGGGAUCAUCACAUGGGUGGUUGCUGAUUUUGGACAAAGAAACAAAGCCACAUCUUCUUAAUCCGUUAUCAGGAGCUUUAUUCCAACUUCCGUUCAUAAACACUUUGCUACCAUAUCAAGAGCUACAAAUGUAUAGAUCGUCACCUACCUUUGUGGAACUUCUGGUAAAGUUUUGUUUCUCUAAAGCCAUCCUAAUGUCCUCCGAUCUAUGUUUAUCUGAUGUAAGUAGAGGCAAGAGCUUUUGUAUUGUGGUGAUAUAUGGACUAUCUUCGCAAAGACUUGCAUUCUGUAUGCCUGGAGACAGCACAUGGACUCGCUUUGGUGGUGACGAUCAUGAGUACCUGGACAUAACAUGCCACAAUGGUAUGCUCUAUUCUUUAUCCUCUAAAGGGCUAGUUGAAAUUUGGGAUUUUCAUGGUCCUUCUCCCAAGAAAGUUUUGGUUUUUGAACUUUCUACAACAGUGUGUCAAUUCCUGGAGGCACAUACUCGCUUUCCAGAUAAAAUUGCUUUUCUGAUUGAAUCAAAGGGAGAUCUUUUGUUAGUCUUAAUGUUACAAACUGACCGUGAAUUUGCUAUCUAUAAGCUGGAUUAUAGUGGAAAAGUAUGGAUACCUGUGGAAACCUUGAGCGACCAAGCUCUUUUUAUUAGUGAAAACGAAUGUAGGUCAGUAUCAACCCAAAAUUUUCCAAAAUUGAGAGAAAAUUCAAUAUACUUCAUAAAUAGCGCGAAGUAUAGCAAGAUUGGCAGAUACAAUGUUGGUGUCUUCAACUUCAAAGAAAAGAAAUUAGAUGAUGAGGCUGAAGAUAAUAAGUAUUUUCGUUCGAUUUAUUUGCCAGUAUAUUGGGUUGCUCUUAAUCCAAGGUAAUAUAUAUAUACAUAUAUAUAUAUAUAUGUGUAUGGUUUGCAGCUAAUGAUGCAGACUCAGGCUGAUUAUUCUCUUUGGUUAAUCAUAAAACAGUAAGAUUUGAUGGUUGAAUUUUGGGUAAACAUAUGUAUUUUGUCUCCCUUUUAUCAUUUUUCAUUUUUUUUC